GUGGCGCGCGCUCACAUGACUGGCGGCGCGAUGGACCUGCUACCCGCGGCGCCAGCAGCUGCAGCGGCUGAGCCGGAGGCAGACGAGGAGGCGGACCCGCCGGCUGCAGACUCACCAGCGCCCCAGGUCAGCGAGCCGAGGGCCCCUGCCUCCAGUCGGAUGCAGAUGCCGCCGGGGAACCCACUGCUGUUGUCGCUCACGCUGCAGGAGCUGCUGGCCAGGGACGCCGUGCAGGUGGAGCUCAUCCCCGAGAAGAAGGGCCUCUUCCUCAAGCACGUGGAGUAUGAGGUUUCCAGCCAGCGCUUCAAGUCCUGCGUGUGUCGACGGUACAAUGACUUCGUGGUCUUCCACGAGAUGCUGCUGCAGAAGUUCCCGUACCGCAUGGUGCCGGCCCUCCCGCCCAAGAGGAUGCUGGGAGCCGACAGGGAGUUCAUCGAGGCCCGGAGGAGAGCACUGAAGCGCUUCAUCAACCUGGUGGCCCGGCACCCGCCCUUCUCCGAGGACGUUGUUCUCAAGCUCUUCCUGUCCUUCAGUGGCCCCGAUGUGCAGAACAAGUUAAAGGAAUGCGCUCAGUGUGUGGGAGACGAGUUCAUGAAUUGUAAGCUGGCUGCUCGGGCCAAGGACUUCCUCCCAGCCGACAUCCAGACUCAAUUCGUCAUCAGCCGGGAGCUGAUUUGCAACAUCUACAACAGCUUUCACAAGCUCCGCGACAGGGCUGAGCGGAUGGUGUCGCGGGCCAUCGACAAUGCUGCUGACCUCCUCAUCUUCGGGAAGGAGCUGAGUGCUUUAGGGUCUGACACGACCCCGCUCCCCUCCUGGGCCACUCUGAACAGUAGCACGUGGGGGUCCCUCAAACAGGCGCUGAAAGGCCUGUCCGUUGAAUUUGCACUGCUCGCUGACAAGGCUGCACGGCAGAGCAAACAGGAGGAGAACGACGUGGUGGAGAAACUGAACCUCUUCCUGGAUUUGCUCCAGUCCUAUAAAGACCUGUGUGAGCGGCACGAGAAGGGCGUGCUGCACAAGCACCAGCGGGCGCUGCACAAGUACAGCCUGAUGAAGAGGCAGCUGACGAGCGCCGCCGUGCAGAACCGCGAGCCCGAGUCUGUGGAGCAGCUGGAGUCCCGCAUCGUGGAGCAGGAGAACGUGAUCCAGACGAUGGAGCUUCGCAACUACUUCUCCCUGUACUGCCUGCACCAGGAGACGCAGCUGGUCCACGUCUACCUGCCCCUUACCUCCCACAUCCUCGGGGCCUUCGUCAGCUCCCAGAUCCAAGGGCACAAGGAGAUGAGCAAGGUGUGGAAUGACCUGCAGCCCAAGCUACAGUGCCUCUUCGCUGGACCGCACGGCGCCCCAAGCCCACCAAGGUCCCCGCAGGACGGCCUGUCUCCUCACUAGUGCCGGGAGGACGUGGGCGGCAGCUCCGGCGCCCUCACUAAAACUUCUUUCCAAAUGGUG